CCGCUUGUUCUCAGCCAGCAGCAGAAGCAGUGAUCGGGACCGGAGUGUAAUCGCUGUCCGGAGUGCAUAGAUGUGCAAAACCCCUGGAUUAUCCGUGCGCUGGAGAGGCCAGAACCGACCACCGUGGAGGACUGUCUUAAUCUAGUUUUCAAAAGGGAAAGAGCCACGGGGAAAGCAUGGCGGUAGAAGAGGAAGGUCUCCGGGUUUUCCAGAGCGUUAAAAUAAAAAUAGGAGAAGCAAAAAACAUCCCUCCGUACCCGGGGCCAAACAGGAUGAGGGACUGCUACUGCACCGUCAACCUGGACCAAGAAGAGGUCUUCAGGACCAAGAUCAUUGAGAAGUCCCUUUGUCCGUUCUACGGGGAGGACUUUUACUGCGAGAUCCCACGUAGCUUCAGACAUCUCUCCUUCUACAUCUUCGACAGGGACGUCUUCAGGAGGGACUCCAGUAUCGGCAAGGUUGCAGUGAAGAAAGAGGACCUGCAGAAAUAUCACGGCAAAGACACCUGGUUCCAGCUACAACCUGUCAGCGCUGACUCAGAAGUGCAGGGAAAAGUGCACCUGGAGCUGCGUCUAAGUGAAGUCAUCACAGACAGUGGAGCCAUCAAUCAUAAACUAGCCACACGAGUGUUGGAGUGCCAAGGUCUUCCAAUCGUCAACGGCCAAUGUGAUCCCUACGCUGCUGUCUCCUUACUUGGACCUUCAAGGUCAGAAGCUAAAAAGACCAAAGUGAAGAGGAAAACCAACAAUCCACAGUUUGAGGAGGUUUUCUAUUUUGAGGUGACGCGGCCGUUAAGCUACACAAAGCGGCAGUUUGAUGUUGAAGAAGAGGAUGUUGAUAAGCUGGCGCUGAGGGUGGAUCUGUGGAACGCCAGCAACCUGAAGUUCGGGGAUGAGUUUCUGGGAGGUGUGAGAGUUCCUCUGCGGGUGCUGGGUCAGGCUGGUGUCCACGACGCAUGGUACUUUCUUCAGCCCAGGGAAAACGGAGGGAAGUCAGUUAAGGUGGAAGAGCUCGGCUCUCUGCGUCUAAACAUCGUUUACACUGAGGACCACGUCUUCCCCUCCGAACACUACACUCCCCUCAGAGAUCUACUGCUGCACUCUGCUAACGUAGAGCCCGUGUCGGCAUCCACAGCUCACACUCUGGGGGAGGUGUGUCGAGAGAAACAAGAAGCCGCCAUUCCCCUCGUGCGUCUGUUUCUUCACUACGGCAAGAUUGUGCCUUUCAUCAGCGCCAUCGCUCACGCCGAAGUCAAUCGCACACAAGAUCCCAACACCAUUUUCCGGGGAAACUCGCUGACUUCCAAGUGCAUUGAUGAGACCAUGAAGCUGGCAGGAAUGCACUAUCUGCAAGUCACGCUCAAACCCAUCAUAGAUGAGAUCUGCACAGAACACAAAUCCUGUGAAAUCGACCCGGUCAAGCUCAGAGAGUCGGAGAACCUGGAUACGAACAGGGAAAACCUUCGUCAGUAUGUGGACCGUAUCUUCAAUGUUAUCACCACCUCUGGUGUUCGUUGCCCCACCGUCAUGUGCGAUAUCUUCUUCUCUUUGAGAGAAUCCGCUGCCACGCGUUUCCAAGUUGACCAAGAUGUCCGAUACACAGCAGUGAGCAGUUUCAUUUUCCUGCGUUUCUUCGCUCCAGCCAUCCUCUCCCCAAACUUGUUCCAUCUAAGGCCGCACCAUCCAGAUCCUGCCACCUCUCGAACCCUCACCCUCAUCUCCAAGACUAUCCAGACCCUGGGAAGUCUCGCCAAGUCUAAAUCUGCCAAUUUCAAAGAGUCUUACAUGGCUGCAUUUUACGACUACUUCAAUGAGCAGAAAUAUGCGGACGCGGUGAAGAAUUUCCUGGAUUUGAUCUCCACCUCUGGCAAAUGGGAUCAGAAGAGUAUUGAAACACCAAUCAUGCUGAAAGAGGGAUUUAUGAUAAAGAGGGCACAAGGGAGAAACCGGUUUGGAAUGAAGAACUUCAAGAAGAGAUGGUUUCGCCUCACCAAUCACGAGUUUACCUACCACAAAACAAAAGGUGAGGGCGCUCUGUGCAGCAUUCCCAUAGAGAACAUUCUGGCUGUAGAGAGGCUAGAGGAGGAGUCUUUUAAGAUGAAAAAUAUGUUCCAGGUUAUUCAGCCAGAGCGGGCGCUCUACAUCCAGGCCAACAACUGCGUCGAGGCGCGCGACUGGAUCGACAUCCUGACCAAAGUCAGCCAGUGCAACCGCAAACGCCUUAGCACUUACCAUCCUUCAGCCUACCUCAACGGCCACUGGCUCUGCUGCAAGCUCUCAGCAGACGCAGCCCCUGGGUGUACGCCCUGCACUGGCAGUCUGCCAGCAAACAUCCAGCUGGACGUAGAUGGAGACAGAGAGACAGAGAGGAUCUAUUCCCUGUUCAGCACAUACAUGACCAAACUGAUCAAGAUGCAAGAGGCCUGUGGCAGUAAGUCUGUGUACGACGGGCCCGAACAGGAGGAGUACUCCAGCUUUGUCAUCGACGACCCCCAGGAGACCUACAAAACCCUGAAACUGAUAGUGUCAGCUGUGCAGACCUUGGAGCAUCAGCACACCAAGUACAAACGUGACAAGUUCAAGAAGACAAAGAUAGGCAGCCAGGAGCAUCCGAUUGGGGACAAGAGUUUUCAGUGCUACAUCCGCCAGCAGUCUGAGAGCUCCACCUACUCCAUCUAGUCCUGUGUACAGUUUCUAUGAUGCCCGGAACCAGCCGGAUUAUUUCCUUUACUGCAAAGAAAAUCCAUCUUAACAAUGCUCCAUAUCUAGUAUUCAGUUUUAAAUCUUUUUUUUUUUCUCCUUAAAACAAGAUUUAAAAAAAAGUCAUGGUGAGAUCAUUGGAGUUAUUUCCAAUGCAAUGUAUCCAUUCUUCACUUUUUAAAGACUUUUCAGGAAGCUAGUGAAGCUGUUUCGGAAAUGAGUGUCACCUGACUGGCUUAUUUGUUUCGCUUUAAGGAGAAUAAGAGUUUUAAGAGUCAAUACCAGACUGAACGAGCUGUGUAGAUGGACUUUUUCUUUGCAGUGUCUCAAGCUGCAUCACUCCAAAUUUGGAGAACAGACCUCAGAUCAGAACAAUUGUGGAGGAAAGGAGGGAUACAAAUGAAGAGAUAAUCAUACCAUACAUCUAUGUGGGUCUCCUGUCUGUGAUGUGUGAUGAGAGAAACAAGCAUACGUUUUCACUGGACAGUUUUGACAGUGACCAACACGCACUUUAAUCGCCUCUGAAUCUAUGGAUGAACAAGCCUCGCAGCACACUUUCAAAAAGCUUAUUUUAUCUGUUUGAUUUGUAUUUGGUUAUUUUAAUUGUUGAAAUGUUCCGUUGUAUUUCACUUCAGAAGGUAGGAAAGACUGUCAUUUUUCCCUCUUUGGUGGUGUUGUCCAUAUGUUUUUUUUUUGUUGUUUUUUUUGUUAUUAUUUUUUGUCCCCAACCUCCUCAGGAAGGCUGUGAAGGUCGAGGGCACACAAGAAGUGAUUGUUGGGACCAAGCACAGCCAGGAGCAGCUUGAUGUCAUCAAUGUUAUCUAUCAAUUUUAUCCCUCAUUUCAUUAUUAAUCCUUAUCAUCAACGUGCUAACACAAGUAUAGGUUCAAGUUUUCAUGUUUCAUUUGAAGCCCUGUUCUGUUGUGGUUGGAUAUCAUGCUCCUGUGCAGCCAGUACCUGGGUUGAAGGAAUAGCUUUUUUGGUGAGUUCUGACACGAGUCAGACAAACCCAUUGAUGCCUUUUUUUGUCUUCAUGGGUUUCAAGUUGCAGCUCCUCUAAAGUAAGGCAAAAUACACUGGAUGGCUAUUAAGUUAAACUCCAUCUUGAUCUCCAUUGAUGAACAAAGGAUAUCAUAUAAUGUCCAACUGCGGAACCAGUUUCUGUUGAUAUCAAGGCCAGAUUAACCCACGAGGGGCACAGGGUAAAACUGUGCGUGCUGUGGGCCCCUGUUGACUCCCACAAUCAUGAAUUGCGAAUUUGUGCAUAAGCACAAAUAUAUUCAGUAAAACGCAUAUAUAAUAUAAACAGGAAAUAAUAUUGUGCUAACAAUAUCCUCUCAGCGGCCACUUUAUUAGGUACACCGGUACAAUCUAUUGCAAAUCCGUUAUAGCCAUAUAGUCAUAAAUUUAGCCUUGACAAACUUUAUAAUGGCCUUUGGGCUCCUGUAGGUCUGGGGCCCUGGGCAGUUGCCCAUUUUGCCCAGUUGGUAGUCCAACCGUAGUUAGCAUGCACACACAUCCAUAUUGGAAACAUUUCAUUGAUUCAUUAACCGGUUCAUAUGAAUGGAAAACCGUGUAUUUUGCUGCUUUUAAGAGGUGCUGAUAUUUGUUCCUGACGUCCAAUAAUUGAGCCUCAGCUUGGCUAAGAUCAGCAUUUAAACACCCUCAAACUGCAUGCAGACAUAUUAAAGGCAUAUGUAUGUUUCACACUGUGUAAGUAGAAAAAGUUGUUAAAGCCAAACUAUCCCUUCAACUGUCAAACCAGAAACUACAUGUUAGCACAGCUCAUUAACAAGGAUGGUUUUUAGUUUCUAAUUAACUGAUAUACUAACAUUUUACCAGUCUUGUCUGAACUUAUGAUUGUGAAAUGGAUAGUUACUAGUGAGUUAGCUCUUUCUUACUUUGGAAAAGUUGCGCGCACUGUAGUUUUAAACCUAUUUAUAUGCAUUCCUCUGAGAAACUGCCUGCUGUGAAUCUUACCGGUAAGCACCCCAGAAUCUGUUAAAGGUACAGGAUUUAUUGUUAUUGUUUUGUGUUGUUCUACGCUUCCUAAAGGCAACCAAUCUCAAUAGCUUUCAUAUUCAUUAGCACUCACUCUUGCCAAAACCAGUGCAUUUGAAGAAUAGUUGUAGUCACAGCGACGGUAGCCUCCACAGUCACUUCUAUGCGACUACGACUACAAACCACCACGACAAAUUUUGUAUUUUCAAAAUCUAAGUACCUGGUUAUGUAGCCUCAUGGGUGUUCCCGUGAUCACAGGAUCCCAAACAGUGCCAGUCAUCACUUUUAUAGAAUUCUCUUUUUAAAAAGCAAACAAAAAAAAAGUCAUUGUUUUGUUAUGUUUUUUAUAUAUCUCAAAACCUAUACUGUUUUAAAAACAGAUGAGCAAUUAUUCCAAUGACAUCUUUUUCUUUGUCGAAUGUGUUGAUUUAUGAACUAUAAGAAAGGUUCUCAACAGUUUGACUCUGUUUUCUAUUGUCUUGUCAUACAGAAAUCUUGCUGUGUACCUGAAUCGAAUGACUGUGGUGUGUGUGUUUUGUGCGUAUGUGCGUGUUUGUGUGUGUGCAUUUGUCAGUAUGUGCAUAAGUGACUGACAUGAUGAGUUGUAUUGCCAAUUGAAUUACCCCAGUGUUACAAGUCAGGAAAGGCAGAGUCUCACACAAAAUCACUGCCUGUAAUUAUUCUAAAGACUAUAGUAGGAGUGUGUAAACACUGUUACUGUACUCUGGCCUGAUAUGGUGUAUCUCCUCUUUCCUCUUGUAUAGAACCACUGUUCCAUGUCAAGGAACCUUUGCCAAUAUAUUGUCCCCACUCAUUUUAUGUAUGUAUCACAGUAAUAACAUUGAUGAAAUAUUAAGAGAGCAGCGCUGCUGUAACCUCUGAACUUUGGUGAGUGUUUGUUUCCACCAGUCACUAACUCUCCUCAGGUUUAUGAAACUCAGCACUGCAUGUUUUUUUGCCAAGAGCGAGGAGACUCGGACUGAAGUAUUAACCACCAAACCGCUCUGUCUCUCAUCCCUAACUUGGUAAUCAUAUUUCUUGUCAUUUUCAGCAAAACGUUCCCAGAAACAUUGGCUGAGUUGGAUAGUACAGUAACGGCAACUCCUCCACCCCGAAGUCCACAAAAGGGAUUAUGCAAUUAUGGUGUUUCAGCAUGCAAUAAUAGUAACCCCUCAAUAAGCCCAUCAAAUUAUCAACGCACAUCUGCUGACCUUUUUGCAGUGAAAUUCCUCCUUGGAUAAACACAUACUAUAAGGGAGAACAGUGUAUUUUACAGAUAUUUUAAAAGUAUUAAAAUAAGCCUGUUAUAUGUGUACAUAAAACAGUUGAAUGAAUGGUGAAAAUGUGAUGUGUUUUUUCCCCUGAAUAACUAAAUGAAACCAAUAUUAAUGCAAAUGUGGUGUCUUUGUCGUUGUGUAAAACGGUGCAGUCUGCCUCCUAACCGAUAUUGUACAGACACACAUCAAGAGCUUCAUUUUGUUUCAAUCAGCAAAGAGGUUUUGUAAAAUUGUGUGUUUAGCUGUGGUGCAGAAACAUAAUAUGUUUUCUUUGUGUCCAUUGUUUGGGUCCAAGUUUUGCCUUUUAUGAAUCAAUUAUUCUAGAACUUUUUCACAGCAUACAUUUUGACACGACAUACCAGGAAAAGCACAGGUCUAAUUAAUAACAUAAGUGAAUAUGCACAUUCCUGGUAGGGCUUAAUUGGACAAAUGGAGCAGAACUAAUUAUUGUUAUUUCUUUCACCUGUGCUUUUACUUCCAUGAAAAGUCCAAGAUCUACAAUCAAUUUCAGACAAAUGCUUUCUAAAUGAUGUUGAGCUAUUUACCACUGUGGUCUAUUGGCUUUUUCAUAACUUCAAAUGGAUGUCAUGUUGAAUCAAAUCCUAGUCCUUGUCCUAGUUUGUAUUGCAUUUACUGCAUGUAUAUAUGUUUAUGCCAGUCUGUGUACAUGCUGAAGAAAGAACCCAAUUAUCCUAGUCUUUCAAUGGAACAUCAGAUGUGAAGAAACGUUAAUGAGUUUGCACCAUAGUGCAUUCAUUUUUAGAAUAUUAAUUGCAGACUCUCACAACACAUCAUGGCAUGGGAUUCAAUUUGCAAUGUCAUUCAAGCAACCAUAACAUAAAGCCAUGUUUUUGUGCCAAAACAAUAUUUUUGGUAUUAUUAACGAAUCAUGUGAUUCACUGUACAUAGUAGUGCUGAACCCACUGAGAAUCAACAUGUAGCCUGUACAGCAGCUUCUUUUGUCUUAGUGUGGAGAUACUGUAUGGUUGCAUUGU